CUUUAAAUACAGCCACCGGCGCCGCCACUGCUGAGAGCCGCAACCAGCCGUCCGCUAGCAGUCAGGAGUUCAGAGUCUUCUUCUACAUCGCUUCACUAUAGCCUCAAGAUGUCCACCAAGGAUAAACUCAUCAGUCAUGUGAUGAAGGAGGAGCCAAUUGGCUCCACGAACAAGGUGACAGUGGUGGGGGUCGGCAUGGUUGGCAUGGCGUCAGCCGUCAGCAUCCUGCUCAAGGACCUGUGUGACGAGCUGGCCCUGGUGGACGUGAUGGAGGACAAGCUGAAGGGCGAGGUCAUGGACCUGCAGCACGGGUCUCUGUUCCUCAAGACGCACAAGAUCGUCGCGGACAAAGACUACGCCGUGACGGCCAACUCCAAGAUCGUCGUGGUGACGGCGGGGGCCCGCCAGAACGAGGGGGAGAGCCGGCUGAACCUGGUGCAGCGCAACGUCAACAUCUUCAAGUUCAUCAUCCCCAACAUCGUCAAGUACAGCCCCAACUGCAUCCUGUUGGUGGUCUCCAACCCAGUGGACAUCCUGACCUACGUGGCGUGGAAGCUGAGCGGUUUCCCUCGCAACCGCGUGAUUGGCUCCGGCACCAACCUGGACUCCGCCCGCUUCCGCCACCUGAUGGGCGAGAGGCUGCACCUGCACCCGUCCAGCUGCCACGGCUGGAUCGUGGGGGAGCACGGCGACUCUAGUGUGCCCGUGUGGAGUGGUGUGAACGUGGCUGGGGUCUCUCUCCAGGUGCUGAACCCCCAGAUGGGCACAGAGGCCGACUCUGAGAACUGGAAGAAGGUCCACAAGGAGGUGGUGGAGGGUGCCUACGAGGUGAUCAAGCUGAAGGGCUACACCUCCUGGGCCAUCGGUAUGUCCGUUGCUGACCUGGUGGAGAGCAUCCAGAAGAACAUGCACAAGGUGCACCCGGUGUCCACCCUGGUCCAGGGCAUGCACGGGGUGAAGGACGAGGUGUUCCUCAGCGUUCCGUGUGUCCUGGGGAACAGCGGCCUGACAGACGUCAUCCACAUGACCCUGAAGCCCGACGAGGAGAAGCAGCUGGUGAAGAGCGCCGAGACACUGUGGGAGGUCCAGAAGGAGCUGUCCCUGUGAAGAUCCUUGCUCUGAGCCCAUACCCCACCCCUACCUCCCCCCCCUUACUCCAUCUCUCCCCCACCUCCUCCCCCAAAAACCAGUCACACUUUCAUCAGUGUAGCAUUGUAACAACGUGUUGCAGCGAGUGCUUCAAUUGUAUUAACGUGAUGGCAUGGUGUAAACUAACCGUGACCCCUGACCCUAUCCCUGACCUUGCAGUGUAGCGUUUACAUUGUUACAUGGCUGAUUACACGUUACUUUCUCGUGUGACCUCCAUGUGCUAGUCUUAACCCCGACUGACCCACGUCAGGAAGGCUUUGCACGGGAGUGUGUAGCGCACUGGAAGUAGUUUGGUUUAGAUGUCCCCCUUCUAUCUAUGACUGAAGCCUUUGAGAAGGACCUCAUAGCCUCAGCCUUUACCGUGCAGUCGGUGUCACCGGUGGAAACACCUUUGCAAAUCAAUGCAAAUUACACUAUUGUUUGUCUGUUUGUGUGCUUGGCUCCUGGUCGUCACUCAUCCGUGUCGUCUGUCGAUGUACUGCUCAGAUAGGUCUGUUUUUGCCAGUCAGGUAUUUCCAUCCAAGUUGUUGUUUUGGUCUUGACUUCCAUUCCUUUCUUGAAACCGAGGACAACGAUAACAGCGUGCAGUCCCUGCUGUGAUACCAAAACACCUUAAACUUCACACCAGUGCUGAACUCACAUCACUCAACCCCAACAGCAACUGAAAAACGUAUCACCAACAUUUGACUGCAAAUGCACUGAUAGAGAAUUAUAAGAUAAAUAUUUAUUUUAUUUUAAGAGAAUUUACUAGAACCAGGAAGUUUAUAUAUAUAAAAAAAACAUAAACACAACAGUGGUACUCAAAAGUUUCAGUGAAUGAACCCUAGUAUAAUAGAGUAACUAAUGAGUCAAAAAACAACUGUUCUUUUUGAGUGUGCACCUUACAAUGUAUUUAUAUUAUUUCUGAUGUCUUUACACAUAAGGUUCAAUGCCUGCAGAGGCAGCAGAAGGUUCAUGUAUUCCUAAAAAUUCUAGUCCUCCUGUCCGUCACCACCAGUGGACCGACAGCUGGACUCACAUGUUUAGAUUUUCCCACCAAAUAAAUCAAAGAAAUCA